CAUUACGCCUAAGUCAUCCAAUGACAUUGGGGAUACUUCCAGGGGCAUAAGAUGGAUUCCAUUCGCAGCGUUUUGUUAGGACUUCUACAGAAUGUAACAUUUCUCCCUAGCAGCAUACCAGGUACAACUAGAUGAGAUGGAGCACGAAAAGGACCAACCGAUUGCUUCACAGUGGGUGGAACAACAUCCUGAUGCACAGAAUCUCAAUCGCACGGUGACCGAGGAAGAUGAGCUUCAUGGAUUCCAGACAGACCUUGAACAUCUGCCUGCGGGCUACUACCGCAGCUCCUUCUUUCUGGGUACCAUGUUCGCUGUUGGCUUUGGUCUCUGUGCAGCAGUCGGCGGCUUCGGACUGGCAGCACCGGCCUUGUCGCUGAUCAAUUCAGAAAUCGGCCCCGAUCCCAACAUCAGUUGGGUGUCUUUCGUGUACACAUUGACCUUGUCCAUUGCUUUGCUCCUGGUUGGGCGCCUCAGUGAUCUUUUUGGGCGUCGAUGGUUCAUGAUUGGAGGCACCUGUGUGGCAUUGAUCGGCUGCAUUGUGUCUGCGGUCGCUCAAUCCGUGCCGACCCUCAUCGCCGGAAUUGCUCUCAUUGGUCUAGGGGCUGGCGCUCAACAGUCGUUCUCAUUCGUGUCCAAUGAGCUGGUCCCUAUGAAAUAUCGCUUCAUGAUCAAUGGAUGGAUAUACCUCUGGUGCUUUCCGACUGGUGGAUUCGGCGCAGCUGUGUCCAAAGCAUUCAUUCUCUACACUCCCAAGGGAUGGCGAACGUGUUUUUACCUCCUCAUUGCUCUCAAUGUUACCUCUGGAGUGUUGUACUUCUUUUUCUACCACCCUCCGACCUUUGGCAUGAAACACCGAAUUCGCACCAAGUCACAAAUGAUCAAGAUGUUUGACUACGUUGGUGCAUUUUUAUUUGUUGGUGGUCUUAUCAUCUUCGAAAUCGGCCUGCUCUGGGGUGGUGGAGUCUACUCAUGGGCUUCGGCUCACGUCCUAGCGCCCCUCCUGGUCGGCGUGGCAAUCAUUGUUAUAUUCGUGCUUUGGGAGCUAUACGCCCCACUGAAAGAGCCCAUUCUGCCGAUGAAGUUAUUCAAGAACCCCCAGUAUGUGGCAGCGUCGGUUCUGCUUGGACUCGGAGCUAGUGUCUACUACGCCAUGGCCAUCAUUUGGCCAGAAAUGGUCGCUGUCCUGUUCACCGUACGUUUCUGCACUACAGAUGUCAGCCACACACUAAUCUUAAUCUUACAGGUCGAUGGAGGUGCCAGCAUGCGGGCAGGAUGGCUCAAUUCUAUUCCAGGCUUCGCCAUUGUCAUUGGACAAGUGUCGGCGGGAGCCCUGUCCGCAAGUAUUGGUAAACAAAAAUUUCAGUGCAUGACAGUCUUGUCACUCGGUGGAGCCUUUUUAGCAGCCAUGGCAUACUCUAAGCCCUCGACACUUGUCGGUUCUGCUUGCCUCAUCGCACUUGCCUCUCUUUUCAUCGGCUGGAACGAGUCUGUCUGCCUCACUAAUGCCGGUAUUGAGGUUGAAGAUCAGCAAGAGAUUGGUACAGCUGUGGGAAUGGCCGGAAGUAUACGAAGCGCCAUUUCUACUGUUGCUUCAAGCGUGUAUGUCGUGGUUCUCACGAACCGUCUGAAAACGACUAUACCCGCAGAGGUGCCCAAGGCCGUCGUUGCAGCUGGGCUACCUGCUUCGUCGGUCGUCGCCUUCUUGACGGGUUUCACGACAGGAGAUUUCUCCAAUAUUCCUGGACUCACCCCCAAAAUUCUGGCUACUGGUACAGCAGCAUACAAGCUCGCCAGUGCGCAUGCGUACAGCACAGUCUUUUUGACCUCAAUUGCCUUCACCGGCGUCGCUCUCAUAAUCACUAUCUGGGCUCCAAAUGUCGACGACAAGCUGACCGUUGAGGUUGCUACGACAUUGCACGAGAAGGCAGGCACGAUUGUGGGAGAGGGCACCGGCGCGGGGAAGACCUCGGUCGGAGGCUGCUAGGUUUACCCAGCUGAAUCUUGACAGAGAUGCCAUUUGGCAGACUCAUCAAGAUUGUCAAUAUGGUCCUGAUGCGGCGCGCCUGGAGACGAACGCAUGACUCGAUUUCUCUCCUACGCUUGAAUGUAUGACUCGUACAGACUGCAUGUACUUCCUCUAUAAAAUCAGCUUCUUUCCUCUCUUCAACGCAAAUA